AUGCUCCUUAACUUCUUGUUAGAGAAAAAAACCAUUUCCUACAUGGGGUGCCUGGCACAAUGUUUUGUUUUUGUGACUCUUCUUCUUACUGAGUAUUACAUGCUUGGUGCUAUGGCCUACGACAUGUACAUGGCAAUCUGCAACCCCCUGCAUCACAACAGAAGGAUAUCCAGGUCACUGUGCAUCUGCCUGGUCACUUUCCCCUACUUCUGGGGGUCUGUGGUGGGCACAAUGCAGGUAAUAUUGACCUCCCACUUGUCCUUUUGGAUUAACCUCACAGGUUCCCUAAUCACCAUCCGCAUCUCCUACAUUUUCAUUUUUGUCACCAUUAUGAGGAUCCGUUCCAGCAAAAGGCAGCACAAAGCCUUCUCCACCUGUGGCUCCCACCUGACAGCUGUCACUAUGUUCUAUGGGUCCAUGACUUGCAUGUAUCUGAGAGCAUCAAACAAGCAAUCUGUGGAACAAGGGAAAAUUGUGUCAGUGAUUUGCAUUUUUGUGAAUCCCAUGUUGAAUCUAUUUAUCUAUAGCCUCAGGAACAAUGAUGUGAAACAGGCUUUAAGAAGAAUAUUUAUGAGAAACCUUGGUACAAUGAAGAAGAGUUCUCUUUUGACAGUUUCCCAGUAA